GUCGUAGUGCGACCGCCAAACGAGUGUCCGCCUUUGCCUCACGUAAACACUAUUUUUUAAAGUGCAAAUAAAAACUUGUGUGAGUCUGUGUGAUUAAAAAGUUCAUUUAAAAGUUAAGGAGCGUUUGACGCGUGACAAGUUGUGAUUCCAGGAGCAGUAACUGCAGAUCUUAAAUCAACCACACAAGACAUGAGAUGGACAAAAUAUCAUUUGUAAAUAAAGUAUGAAGGACUGUGAGUGCAGUGUGAACUUGGACGCAGUGUAGUGAACAUGUGAGAAAACAUUCGUCAUGAUGUGGGCGGUGGAGCUGAGCUGUAUCUUCGUAUUGUUCGGUGUCACAGCCGGCGGCGGGGGCUGGGAACCCUUAGGGCAGCCGUACUUCGACAACAGCACGAAGCGCGAGGCCACCGCCGCCGUGGGUCAGCCCGCGUACCUCCACUGCCGAGUCCGGAACCUCGCUGACAGAGCGGUAUCCUGGAUCCGGAAACGCGAUCUCCACAUUUUGACAGUCGGAGUUCACACAUACAGCAGCGAUGCAAGAUUUGCGGCGCUACACGCCGACGGGUCAGACGAGUGGACGCUGAGGGUCGCACCUGCUCAGCCGAGGGACUCCGGGGUCUAUGAGUGCCAAGUCUCUACCGAGCCUAAGAUUAGCAUGUCUUUUAGGCUCACUGUUGUAGUAUCGAAAGCGGAGAUAUUGUCAGGGCCGGAGUUGUUCGUGCGAGCUGGCUCCGACAUCAAUCUCACGUGUGUCGCCAAGCAUGCGCCCGAUCCACCCAGUUUUAUCUACUGGUAUCGUGGCGAGCAAGUGGUGAAUUAUGCUCAACGGGGUGGCAUCAGUGUCGAGACGGAACAGAAAACGAGGACCAGUCGGCUGCUCAUUGCAAGAGCCGCUCCUCAUGACUCCGGGAAUUACACUUGUGCACCCAGUAGCUCAGAAUCGGCGUCGGUGAUAGUCCACGUGUUGAGCGGAGAACGGCCAGCCGCAAUGCAGAGCUCGGGUUCCACGCCGCCUCGUCUCGACCGAGCUGUAUUGAUCAUACUGACUACUAUCACCACCGCCAAACCAAAAUUGUGGCUCAUUGUUGUCCUGCCAAUCGUUACUCAAUACAUCUCUGUAGCAACUCUUUUUAUUGCCGUUGUCUUCGCGAGUUUUACGGACUUUGCCCUUAAAGGCAACACUAAUGUUUCCUUGAGAUGACCAAAUUCAACCUUAUUUUGCGACUUCUAAGGUUCUGAACUUUUAGAAGUAAUUACAUUGUAUGUAGUGUCUUCUAUAUAAUUUUAUGUAAUUGUUGAAUUUUGUUGGAUUUGACAUAUUUUAUGUACAACGAUUUAGAUAAUGCCUUUAAAAUUAUUAGUGUUAUGGUCAAUUUUUAAUAAGUAAAUUAUUUUAUUGUUUAGAAAUGUUUAAUCUCGGAGAUCAGGUACCGGGCUAUCGUUAUAACCUUCAUUUUAGGGCACUUUAUAGCAUAGCUGUCAAAGCAUGGUAGAGAGGGCGGCUUUUCGCAACUCAGCGUCUAUUUAGUUUGAAGUGGGUGCAGAGACUCCAAGAAUGUCAUAGAUUUUUGGGGGUGACUAAAGACAUCGGGGAACGACCGCAAUACUCCGAAUUACCAAAUUAUCAAAAUUAAACAAUUAGAGAUGGCUAUUUCACACUUUUGUCAUUAGAUAACUUUCUCGUCCUCGAUGACGUCUAUAAUAAUUCCUAUAAGCAAAUUGCAUGUUAAAGGUACGAAAUAAUUUAUACAAUAAUGAAAAAGCUGAAAAAAUCAGUGAGCGCUCACCUAAUAAUCUCUAAAGCUAAUGGUUGUGGGUUAAUUUUCUUUUGUUUUCGAGCUAAUUACGCCUUGGUUGGAUCACGUGCGAGAUUGCGAGAAAAUUGAUUUUGGUUCACUGAUCGUGGAUGAAACGAGAUUCAAUCGACGUCAGGCUUAUCAACACUUUACGUACUAAGCCGCCAGUUGCUCUCUUAACCAUGUUAUUUACAUUCAAUCAAGUUGGACAAACAAAACUAAAUGAGAAUUUUCUCGGACAGAUAAGUACAAAACCCUUUCUCAAUAAACUCUAUAAUCAUAUUAAAUACUAUGACUUAAGUUUUGCAAUUUAAAUUAUAAUUCAGAGGGACAAUUACUUUGAAACAAUUGACAGCCGUUUUAAAAGAAAACUACUUUUUGUGGACGGUCCUCUGUCCGACCGACCCCGAUUAAGGCAAACGACAAAAAUGCAAAUCCUCUAAUGGCAUCGAUGUUUUCCGCUUUUGAUUUGUUUAUUUAACAACUUUAAUACAUUUCAAUGUAUACGUGUCUAAAUUGACAAAAAGAUAAUGGAACAUGCUUUUGUAUAAGUGUGGAAUAAAAUGGUAUAUCGUCUGUCUUUGUUUUGUAUGCUUUACUCUGUCUAAUGGAAUUCGUUCGCUCUAGCGAGCGCAAUGGAUGUGCUGGUGAAGGUAAAAUGGUGUUUUCAGGCUUGAAAUUUUGGUUUUAGUAUUCUCCCAUUAUGUAAACAUUUCAUUUUAUGCAAAUGUGAAAAGGAUACCUUUUACAAAACUUUGACAACCUUUGAAAAUAAGCAAGUUCCUAAAAAUCUUUUAUGUUAACUGACAAACUUUUUAUAUCUAUUUUCUCUAGAAAAUAAAAUGUUUAAGGUAAAUUUUCGAAGGAAAAAUCAGUUAAUGAGAAAGAAACACUCAGUUUAUCAUUCCAUUCGAGUCACUUCAUUUGAUGACCGGGCGAAUCUGCCGGAUUGGUACUAACGGUACUCAGUUACUUUUGUUUUUACGCAUUUGUCCUUGUCCCGUUUACUUACGAGCCAAAAGGAACGCAAAAACAAAUUUAGUACUUUCUAAGUAAACAAAUAGAAGGAUAGUAAAGGUCAAGUAAAGGUCAACUAGUGAUUCUCUUAUGUAUAUUUUUUCUCGUCUGUUCCUUUCUGGUUGUUGACUUGAACAUCGAUGAACUUGUCAAAGACAAAAUUUAUUGUACAUACUCAUAAAUAUAGAACUUUAUAUUUGUUUUCAAAUUAAAUUAGAAGGUGUAACCCGCAGAAGCUGACUUGAUACCUCGCUUGGGUGAUUUUAGUGAAAUGCUACGGUCAAAUCCUGGCAGCAUAUCCGUGUGAGUUCUCAAGAAAACUUCUGUGAGUUGAACUUACAUACAUGUAAUGUAUAAUAUCUUAACGAUACGUUAGCUUAUUAAUCACAAUCUUUAAUUGUAAGAGAAUUAGAAAUUGUAAAUAAAAACGCUGUAAA